UUUGACACUUCAGGGCUGACGGUGGCGCAGCAGAAUUUAAAAUGUCGGACUGGGAGGACGAGUACGACGAGUGCGGUGUCGCCAUUGAGAAACCUACCCCUAACCUAUCUGCGACUAACAACACAUUAUUGGGAAAAGAUAGCCAAGGACAUGGAAGCGUUUAUUCCGGUAUAAAAACUCAAACCUGGUUUAGAGAACCGAGCGAGGCGAGAGUUGAGUCCCGCCGAGAUGCGUUUGAGUUCAGGAGCCGAAGAGGUGAAACAGACCGCGGCGAGGGGCCUGAAGUCCGGCGGAGAGGGAGCGAAAUGUCCGACGGAUCCCAACCUCUUACUUUCAAAGUGGAAAAUAUGUCCAUUGGAAGGAUAAUUGGUCGCGGCGGAGCUAAAAUACGUGAACUUGAAGAGAGCAGCGGUGCUCGGAUCAAGAUUACGAGGGGAGACUAUGAUGGAGACGUGGCCAUCUCUGGUUCGUCCGCUGCUCAGGAAAAGGCCAGAGAACUGAUUGAAGACCUGAUUUUAGGCAUCUCUUCUCAGUUUAUUUACGCUCCAGCUAGAGAUCUGUACAGUGAUGUGGAAAGUUUCGAAGGAAGAUCGGGUACAGGAGGGAUAAACAGGAACAACUCCGCCUGGUCGAAGGAGGCGCCGCAGGCUGCAAGUGACGGCCCGACCUCUUCAGCCAUCGACUGGAACGACAUCCGACAAAACAGGAAAAAAUUCGAGGAGCUGAAGUGGAAAGAACUCCCACCACUGAAGAAGAACUUUUACACAGAAGCAGUGAGUGUGUCAAUGCUCACACCUGACGAAGUCGCUGCGUGGAGGAAGGAAAAUAACAAUAUAUUUGUAGAUGACAUAAAGGAGGAGGGAGAGAAGCGAACCAUUCCUAAUCCCUGUCGCACGUUUCUGGAGGCGUUCCAACCUUAUCCAGAGAUUAUGGAAAAUAUUGAUCGUGUUGGUUUUGUCAAGCCAACCCCCAUCCAGUCUCAGGCCUGGCCGGUGCUGCUCAUCGGGGAGGACCUGAUAGCGAUUGCUCAGACAGGAACAGGGAAAACUCUGGCCUACCUCCUGCCAGGCUUCAUUCAUAUGGACGGACAACCUGUACUCAGAGCUGAAAGGGGGGGCCCAGGCAUGUUGGUGCUGACCCCUACCAGAGAACUUGCUCUACAGAUUGAAGCAGAGUGCAGCAAGUACAGCUUCAAAGGAUACAAAAGCAUCUGUGUCUACGGAGGGGGAGACAGAAGAGGACAGAUCAACCUGGUGAAGAGCGGCGUAGACAUCGUGAUCGCUACACCUGGCCGACUCAAUGACUUGCAGAUGAACAAUCUCAUCAAUCUACGCUCCAUCACCUACUUGGUGCUGGACGAGGCUGACCGCAUGCUCGAUAUGGGCUUCGAACCGCAGAUUCUGAAGAUUCUGCUGGACAUCCGUCCAGACCGGCAGACUGUCAUGACCAGUGCCACCUGGCCCACAGGUGUAAGAAGAUUGGCUAAAUCCUAUUUAAAGAAUCCCAUGAUGGUUUAUGUGGGAACUCUGGACUUGGCUGCAGUUAACACAGUGCAGCAGACCCUAGAAAUUGUUAAGGAGGAGGAGAAAAAGAUGUUUGUUUUUGACUUCAUCAGGAACAUGCAACCCCAGGAUAAAGUCUUAAUCUUUGUGGGAAAGAAGAUUACUGCAGAUGACCUGUCGAGUGACAUGUCUCUGCAAGGUAUUGCUGUGCAGUGUCUCCAUGGAGACCGCGAACAAAGCUCCCGGGAAGAGGCUCUCCAGGACUUUAAGGACAGUCGGGUUCGCAUACUGGUCGCCACAGAUCUGGCAUCCAGAGGGUUGGAUGUCCAUGACAUCACGCAUGUUUUUAACUAUGACUUCCCAAGAAACAUCGAAGAGUACGUCCAUCGUGUGGGUCGAACAGGCCGAGCAGGACGAUCCGGUGCAGCCAUUACUCUGUUAACUAGAGAUAACUGGAGGAUGGCCUCAGAGCUGAUUUCUAUCCUGGAGAGAGCAGGACAAGACGUCCCAGAAGACUUGGUGCUGAUGGCAGAGAGAUACGAGAAGCACAAGAUGGAGAGAGAGAUGUAUUCUCCAAGAGGACAUGGAUGGGGUGGAAGAGGAGGCGGUGGACGGAGAGACGGCAAAGACAGAAGCCAAAACUGGCGAUUCUAAUCUCUGGAGAUGUAAGUUUGCACACUCUCUAAAGCUCAGAUCCAGUUGUCGAGAGCAACCAUCCUGCAACUUUCAGCUGCUUCCCUACUCCAAGACGCAUGAAUCAAAUGAAUGGCUUGUUCCCAGGCCUGUUCAGAGCUGAUCCCAGUCUGUUGGAGUAAAGAUUCAUCUGAAAGUUGCAAGACGGUAUCUCUCGAGGACUGCACAUGAACACCCCUGCUCUAAAACAAGCGUGUGAAUAGGAUUGUGUAGUUUUACGAUAUUUAUCGAUAUUUUUUUUCCUCAAAAAGUAUCGCUUUUUCAUCCGUGAGUAUCUAUACAAAGAAUGAUAGGCUACUUAAAACCGUACUUUGAGUUUUAUGUCAGAUCCAUAUGAAUGAAAUGACAGCUAUCACACAUUAUGUUUUUUACCCAGUUGCACAUGUACAUUAAAAAAUGACAUGUAAUGAAACAACCAGUUAAAUUAAUUAAAUAAUGAAAUGAAAUAGACAAAUUACCUUUUCUGCAUAGCCAAAUACACAAAGCCACACAAUUAACAUUUAAACAAAACAAAUGUAUAACAAAAACAUUUAUUACACCAGCAGUUCAAUUAACUCAGUCCAAGUCUAUGGAACAGUCACAAAAUGUCACCAAAAUCACUCUAUCCCUCUAAAUUUUUCAGAAAAUCGUGUAUUGAAUUAUAUAAUUUGCCAAGUAUCGUGAUGAAUAUCGUAUCGCAAGCAGAAAAAUCCCGUAUUGUAUCGUUAAGAUUAGUGUAUUGCUACAGCCCUACAUGUGAAUAUCGCAGUAAGGCUGGAGCUGCACCAAAAUGAAAACAAUUUUUGGGAAGUGUUUGUAAUUUAAAGCUAACCUUCACAUAAAAGUGUGUGCAAACAUCAUCACAUCCUCUCUAACAACACUUAAUGCUCUGUUGAGAGUCUUAGCAACCACUAGGCUCUUUUAAUACUUUUAUCAGGAAAGCAAACUAACUUUAUGUGGAAGAAUUUUAUACGCAAGAGGAAAAUACACCGUCAGGCAGCACUAAAUGAUUAAGAUUGGUGAAUGUCAAUAAAAAUGUGACUUAAACUACUAGUAUAAACAGAAAAUAAUGAAAUUGUAUUUUUGUGUUAGUUUGGAAAUGACAUUUUGUUUUAUUUUUCUUUCUCAGCAGGUUGGAAUACAGUCUAAAGCUGGCUGUAAUUUCUUUUGAUUGUACAUAAGUUUUUAUUUUUUUGCGUAAAAUUAAUUUUUAAGAAAAACAUGUUUUGUUUUCCAGGUAGACAUCAUUAUUGUUUUUCAUGGAAGUUUAAAGGUUAACAGAAUGCACUGUUCUUAGUCCAGUGUUUGUUUUUUCUGUGUCAUCAGCCUUGUUUAUAUAGACUGAAUAUGUGUGGGGGGUUUUGGGGGGAAACGUGUUAAAUAAAUUCUGUUUUUGAAGAGACAUCCGGUCCAGUGUGCAUCUUUAUUAAGUUGUUCAAGAAAAAAAAAAAACUCAAUUUAAGGUUGAGGUUUUCUGUAAUUGUAAAAGAAAUAAAAGAAAUUUCAUUUCUAUUGCUUCCUGUCUUCCCACUGUAUCAAUACACCUUCAAAACCAUUACUAUUCUCCCAACCCUGCCAGUGAUCUUUUCUUCACUGAUAACCACGGCAAGAAGGCCCUGGUGCAAUGAAUGUAUAGAUAUAAAUGCCUUCCAACACUCUUAUGUAACGUAAAGCAGUAAAUGCUGUGAUGUUGAAGAGUGACGUCUAGAUACAGUCCUCCUGAGAGACCAGCAUGGUCAUGCUGACUAAAUUUGAAAAGACUGAAGAAGCAAAGCAAAUUAACUCUAAACUCAAAAGUAAGAUUUUAGUUGACUCUUAAUCACAGCAUGAAGGCUCUUGUGCAGUGGAUAGAGUAACUAAUUAUGUAAUUGCCUUCCAACACUUUUAUGCAAGUCAAGCACUAAAUGCUGUGAUCAUAAAGUCGCUGAAUGUUAUGCCAUAAAAUUCAGUGAUUCAGUGGCUGUGAUGAUUGUCUUGUAUGAGUAUUUCCUCACUUCCUUAUAAAUUACCAUAAGACCAAGAAAGCUGUAAGUUUCUGUUUUGCUAAUUUAUUUAACCUGUUAGGCAGGCACAUUUUAUUCCAGUACAUGCUUAUUUAACAUUUAUGCAACUGAUGUCAUAUAAAGCAGAGUUAUCUUUGUGGAUUGGACAUCUUUAACUUUAGAUUAUAAUUUCUGUAAGGUCUUAUGAGAACUGCUGUGUGCUAGUCGCCUUCUGUCAGGAUUCAAACCGAAAUCUCUUACAAAUGACAGAUUUAUUCCCCUUCCCCUGCAGGUUGGAUUACAUAUGGACACCCAGUAAUGCCCACAAUCACAACAUGAGCCACAUGUCAAAGAAACCACUUUAGUUCAGUUCUUUUUUUUUUUUUUUUUUUACUUUAUUUUAAUCAAAAUUUUAUAAUCUUGCAAAGCAAAAAACAGACAUUAAACA